GUCAAUGUGUUAUAAAUGUCAGACUUCUUCAAAAUAACCUUUACGUAUACGGUCUCUCAAUGUAUUUACUUUAUAAACUAAAGGAAUAAAUGCAUAUUGUUGUUGUCACGUGAGUCUGAUUUUUUAAUUACAUCAACUAAUUUAUUUUACAACGAAACUAAAAUGUCGGAAUUCGACGAGAAAUCUCUGCUAGAGAGAACUAGUAAAGCUGAAUUAGAAGCGAAGUCUAUCGAGGCGGAACUUGACAAACUCACAAAUGGGGAUUUAAGUUCGGCAGUAGACUCUCGCUUAGACCAGUUAUUAGUAGAAAAUGAGAAACUCAAACAUCGCCUUGCUAUAAUCGAAAGUGCCAUCAAAGCAGAGUCUAACCUAACACCUAAAUCGGAAAACCGUAAAAGACCUAAGUUAAUAACAGAUAUUAGUUCUGUAGAAGGCAACAUAUGUUUAUUAGAUGAACUUAAAAACAUAUUCGAAUUAGCAAUUACAUCUGCAUAUCCUAAUUUGGUGGAUCCGCCGAUAGUUUUAACUCUUUCAGGCAACAACCCUAAAUUCGGCGACUAUCAGUGUAACUCUGCUAUGCCUAUCUCUCAUUUACUAAAAUCAAUGAAAGUGUCAACAAACCCGAGGGAAGUUGCCAACAACAUUCUUAACAAAACACCCACAUCUCCACUUAUAGAGAGAAUUGAAGUAGCUGGAGCAGGUUUCCUGAAUAUAUAUUUAAAUAAAAAAUUUGCUGAACAUGUAUUGAACUGUAUCCUCCAAUAUGGUGUUUCACCACCACCAGUUAAAAAGGAAAAAGUAAUAGUUGAUUUUUCAUCACCAAAUAUUGCUAAGGAAAUGCAUGUCGGUCACCUAAGGUCAACCAUCAUAGGUGAUAGCAUUUGUCGAAUUCUAGAGUUUUUAAACCAUGAUGUUUUGCGAUUGAAUCAUUUAGGUGACUGGGGAACACAAUUUGGAAUGUUAAUUGCUCAUCUACAAGAACAAUUCCCUGAUUAUAAGAUUUCUUCACCGCCAAUAUCUGAUUUACAAGCUUUUUACAAGGAAUCAAAGAAAAGAUUUGAUGAAGAUGAGGUAUUUAAGAAAAAAGCAUAUUCAUGUGUUGUACAGUUACAGUCUGGCCAACCUGAUUACAUUGCAGCAUGGAAACUUAUAUGUGAAGUGUCUAGGAGGGAAUUUCAGAAGAUCUAUGAUCGGUUGGAUAUUCGUAUCAUAGAUAGAGGGGAGUCUUUCUAUCAAAGUCGGAUGGAUGCUGUAGUGAAAGAACUCAAAGACAAUGGUUUUCUUGAAGAAGAUGAAGGGAGAUUGAUAAUGUGGGGCAACCCUGAUACACACGAAGGUAUACCUUUGACAGUUGUGAAGUCAGAUGGUGGCUACACAUAUGAUACUUCAGAUAUAACAGCAAUAAAACAGAGAGUGAAUGAAGAAAAGGGAGAUAGGUUUAUUUAUGUAACUGAUGUUGGUCAGUACACACAUUUUGUGACUAUUGAUGCAUGCGCAAGACGCGCGGGUAUUCUUAAAAACUCGCAAAAGUUGGAGCAUGUUGGAUUUGGUGUAGUACUUGGUGAAGACAAGAAAAAGUUCAAGACAAGGUCUGGUGACACCGUGAAACUGAUUGAAUUACUUGAUGAAGGUUUAAAGAGAUCUCUUGAUAAAUUGGUAGAGAAGGGCAGAGACAAAGUACUGACUCCUGAAGAGUUGAAGAAAGCUCAAGAAGCAGUUGCUUAUGGUUGUAUUAAAUAUGCUGAUCUCUCACAUAACAGAGUCAAUGAUUACAUCUUCUCUUUUGACAAAAUGUUGGAUGAUAAAGGCAAUACAGCUGUUUAUUUAUUAUAUGCAGUUACAAGAAUCAGAUCUAUUGCCAGGAAUGCCCAGGUUUCUGAAACUAAAUUAUUAGAGGAGGUGGCAAAAUCUGGUUUCAAGCUAGAACAUGUAACAGAGUGGAAACUAGGCAAGGUACUUUUGAGGUUCCCUGAGGUGAUUCUCAAAGUUGCAAAUGAUCUAUACUUGCAUAGUCUGUGUGAAUACUUGUAUGAGAUUUCAUGUACAUUUACUGAAUUUUAUGACAAGUGUUAUUGCAUUCAAAAAGAUAAAACUGGAAAUAUUGUUAAUAUUUCAUACGAAAGGCUGAUGCUUUGUGAAGUAACAGCUAAAGUCAUGGAAAAAUGUCUUGAAAUUUUAGGCAUCAAGACAGUUUCAAAGAUGUAAUUUAUACUUUUACCGUUUUCUACAGUGUAUAACACUAGGUGUGAACUUUUUAAUUAUUAAAAUGAAAACAAAUAAAGGA